AUGACACAGAUCUUCCUUACCGGUGCCACGGGCUAUAUCGGGGGCGAAGUCCUCCACGCUUUGCAGCAUGCACAUCCUGAUUACGAGGUUGCUGCCUUGAUCAGAGAUAAGGAAAAGGCCGGCAAAGUCUUGGCUGCAUUUCCUCAGGUCCGUGUGGUUCUUGCAGAUUUGGAUAAUGUCGAAAUCAUUGAAGAAGAAUCGCGGAAAGCCAAUAUUGUCAUCCAUGCUGCCAGUAACAAGCAUCUCGAAAGCGUGAAAGCGAUCGCAAAUGGCCUGGCGGGACGUCAGAAUGCCUAUUACAUUCAAGUUACCGGGGCUAGCGUUCUGGCAGGCCCUGAGGUUGAUAACAACUCAUAUGGCGAGCCCUCCGAUCAAAUAAUUGACGAUUUGGAUAACGCUGCUGAUCUCCGGGACAUAAUUCGGGCGUACAAAGACCGUCGAGUGGUGGAUAACUACAUUCUCGACUUGGGAUCAGGUGGCCCCAAAACCGCCAUUAUUUUCCCUCCCAUUAUAUUUGGCACUGGUAAAGGUCCCGUGAAUCAACGCAGCGUCCAGGUUCCCUCAUUGGCCCGGGCCGCUCUGCUGCAACAUGUUGGUCUAUAUCUUGGCAGGGGAUUAAGUCAAUGGGGCAUUGUUCAUGUCUCUGAAUUGGCUAAUCUCUUCGUCAAAUUGGUGGAGCAUGCUGUCAACGCCACUUCCGCACCUAUCUGGAAUGAGAACGGCCUUUUCUUUGCGGAAAAGGGCUUCGAGAGCUUCAAAGAUGUCGCUUCAGUGAUCGCCAAAGAGGCGCAUAGCCUCGGUUACAUUGAUUCGCCUGAUUCGGUGCAGUCCAUGAAUCUUGAAGAGGCCAACGUAGUGAUACCCAAUGGAAGUGUGUUUUUGGGUACCAAUGGUCAAGGUCGAGCUUCGCGGGCAAGAAAGUUGUUAGGAUGGCAACCAGAUGGCGAGACCUUCCAAAACACCGUGCGGGAGACAAUCAUUGAUGAAGCGGCACGGCUGUGA